GGGCCCAACUAACCCUAACCCUAGACUUUUCUUUCUUCUUCACUACCACGUCUGGUUUUUGUCUCUCGCUCACUGUCUCAUUCUCCCCUUCUCAGGCGCUCUCCUCACCGGUUAGCCGUCGCUUUUCAGCCUCCGAAACCCUCUUUUUUGGUCUUCCCACGGCCACGGACACUGCAACUCCUCUCCGAGCUCUCGUUCAGUGACAGCCAUUGAGCUCUGAGGUCGGCACACUGGUUCACUUUCCUCAGCUACGAUGGCAUUUAGGAUGCUGAUGCUGAGGAGUGCUGGAGGGAAAAUUUCUAGCUUGUUAGGACUCAGGUGGAGUCAUGGUGCUGCUAUUCCUGGCCCAUUGGAUGGGCUCAUAGAUCGUAAUGUGAUAUCUCCUCAGAUGGUUUUGCCAGAGGCAUCUCUGGAGGAUUCUUACAAUAAUAAAAAUAUUGGAUUUGGUUUCCCGAUUUUCUCAUUUGGUGGAUCAAUGGAGCUUAUGGCUGUCCCCAAGAGGAAGACUUCUCCACACAAGAGAGGCAUAAGAAAUGGUCCUAAGGCUUUGAAGCCCACUCCAGUUAUAGUAAGAUGCAGGGGUUGUGGUCGAGUCAAAUUGCCGCACUUCUAUUGUUGCAGCGGGGACAGAGGCAAUGCAGGUGACCAAAAUGUCUCUACAAGAUGAAAGGAUUUUGUACUACACAAGCAAAACUUCAAGGGAGCUGUAGAACAGGAAGUGCUUUAAAUAGAAUGUAUGCACUGCUGAAGCUCUGAUGGAUUGAAAAACAAAAUCUAGUUUGAAUAGAAAUUUUGCAGUUUUGUUGUAGAAGUGCUUGGUGAAUUGAGAACAUGUGCUCCCCUUACUGUUCAAUGUUGCACCAAGACCUAGGGAAUGCAGCUGCUUUGAGAAUAAUGUCGUGUGAGAUUUAAACUCAAAUGAAUACACAAUCAUUGAGAUUCACAGCUUUUCGUUUUUGUUUAUGGACAUAUGUGAGGCUGUUACUAGGCAUUUGUUAUUAUAGUCAUUUCCACUUGUGGAUAUCA